AUGGUGAGUUACAGUACUGUUAUGAUCAGCACCACAGUUGGAAGGAUUUUUUGUGUUUUUAUGCUUAUAAUGGCAGCCAAUGUUGUGGGUCAUCCCAAUGGUUUAAGCCCAGGUGUCUAUCAACAUUCUUGUCCAAAUGCCUUGUCCAUUGUCAAGUCUGUGGUAGAGAAGGCUGUUGAAAAGGAAGCUCGAAUGGCUGCUUCCUUACUUCGUCUUCAUUUUCAUGACUGCUUUGUUCAGGGUUGUGAUGGCUCAGUGUUGUUAGAUGACACUCCAACAUUCAGGGGAGAAAAGACAGCAGUACCCAAUAACAAUUCUAUUAGAGGGUUUGAUGUGGUGGAUCAAAUCAAAUCAGAGUUGGAAAAAGAAUGCCCAGGAGUUGUGUCUUGUGCUGAUAUCCUUGCCAUUGCAGCAAGGGAUUCUGUUGUUCUGAGUGGAGGGCCAGAGUGGAGUGUAAUGUUAGGAAGAAGGGAUUCAAGAAGUGCAAGUUUGAGUGGGGCCAAUCAGAACAUUCCUGCUCCAAACUCAACUCUGCAAACUCUUAUUACCAAAUUCAAACUCCAAGGUCUCAACCAGGUGGAUUUGGUUGCACUUUCAGGUGGGCACACCAUUGGUCACUCUAGAUGCACAAGCUUCAGGCAAAGGCUUUAUGGGAAACCAAAUCUGAUUAUGGAGCAGAGUUAUUCAACAGGAUUGAAAUCACAAUGCCCAAGAUCUGGAGGAGAUAACAUCUUGUCAAACUUAGAUGUUGGUAGCCCCACUAAAUUUGACAGUCACUACUUCCAAAAUUUGCAGAACUUCAAGGGGCUAUUGAUUUCUGAUGAGGAGCUCUAUGCAAACCAAAAGGACAGUCCAAAUUAUUUGACUAGAGCAGUUGUAAGUGCAUAUGCUAAGAAUGAGAAGAUGUUCUUUGAACAGUUUGCAGAAUCAAUGGUGAAGAUGGGUAAUAUCAAACCCUUGGUUGGGAAUAGGGGAGAGAUUAGAAAGAACUGUGGUCGCAUUAACUUAAAAUAAGGCUGGGCAGACCGAUAAAGCCAAAGUUCUUAAUUUGAUUAAUAUCAGCUCCUUGCAUGG